AUGUACCUCACAUUCUUUCCUUGUGGCAACUCUGGUAUGUACCCUCACAUUCUUUCCUUGUAUCCGCUAUGGUAUGUACCUCACAUUCUUUCCUUGUUCGCUCUGUGUCAUAUUCUCUUGUAUGCUCUGGGUACGUACCUCACACAUUCUUUCCUUGUAUCGCUCUGUUAUCUUACCUCCACAUUCUUUCCUUAUAUCGCUCGCUGGUAUGUACCUCACAAAUUCUUUCCUUGUAUCGCUCUGUUACAUACCUCACACAUCUUUCCUUGUAUCGCUCCAAGUCACAAAUUUUUCCUUGUACCUCACAUUCUUUCCUUGUAUCGCUCUAGGUAUGUACCUCACAUUCUUUCCUUGUAUCGCUAUGUACCUCCAUCGCUGUUACCUACACAUUCUUUCCUUGUAUCGCUCUGGUAUGUACCUCCACAUUCUUUCCUUGUGUCGCUCCUGGUAUGUACCUCACACAUUUUUCCUUGUAUCGCUCUGGUAUGUACUUUCCUUGUAUCAACUCUGAGUAUGUACCUCACAUUCUUUCCUUGUAUCGCUCUGGUAUGUACCUCACACAUUUCUUUCCUUGUAUCGCUCUGGUAUGUACCUCACACAUUCUUUCCUUAUGGUCGCUCUCACACAUUCUUAUACCUCCACACAUUCUUUCCUUCCUUGUGUCGCUCUGGUAUGUACCUCACACACUCAUACUUUCUUUUAUAUCGCUCUGGUAUGUACCCUCACACUUUCUUUCCUUGUAUCGCAAUUAUGUACCUCCACACAUUCUUUCUUAUCGCUCUGGUAUCUUACCUCACAUUCUUUCAUUGUAUCGCUCUGGUAUGUACCUCAGACAUUCUUUCCUUGUAUCGCUCUGGUGUGUACCUCACAUUCUUUCCUUGUAUCAACUCUUGUAUGUACCUCAGACUUUCUUUUCCUUAUGUCAUCUGGUAUGUACCUCACAUUCUUUCCUUAUAUCGCUCUGGUAUACUUACCUCCACAUUCUUUUCCCUUCAUCAUCUGGUAUAUACCCUCACAUUCUUUCCUUAUCGCUCUAGUAUACCUCCCACAUUCUUUCCUUGUAUCCUUUCACAUUUCUGUUGUAUCGCUCAGGUAUGUACCUCACACAUUUCUUUCCUUGUAUCGCUCUGGUAUGUACCUCACACAUUCUUUUCCUUGUGUCGCUCUAGUAUGUACCUCACAUUUCUUUCCAUGUGUCGCUCUAGUAUACUUACCUCACAUUUCUUUCCUUGUAUCGCUCUGGUAUGUACCUCCCACAUUCUUUCCUUGUAUCGCUCUGGUAUGUACCUCACACAUUCUUUCCUUUAUCGCUCUGGUAUGUACCUCAGACUUUCUUUCCUUAUAUCGCUCUGGUAUGUACCUCACACUUUCUUUCCUUGUAUCGCUCUAGGUAUACCUCACACAUUCUUUCCUUGUAUCGCUCUGGUAUGUACCCUCACAUUCUUUCCUUGUAUCGCUCUGGUAUGUACCUCACAUUCUUUCCUUGUUCGCUUGUGUCACAUCUUUCUGGUAUGUACCUCACACAUUCUUUCCUUGUAUUCUUUGUAUGUACCUCACGCAUUUCUUUCCUUAUGUCCUCUGGUAUGUACCUCACACUUUUCUUUUCUUAUAUCGCUCUCGCCUGGUAUGUACCUCACAUUCUUUCAUUAUAUCACCUCCCACGCUCUAGUAUGUACCUCACACAUUCUUUCCUUGUGUCGCUCUGUUAUGUACCUCACACAUUCUUUCCUUGUAUCGCUCUGGUAUUCUUUACCUCCAUUCUUUCCUUGCUCCAGCAAGCUCUGGUAUCGUUGUACCACUCCUCACAUUCUUUCUUGUGUCGCUCUGGUAUGUACCUCACACUUUCUUUCCUUGUAUCGCUCUUUUAAUGUACCUCACACAUUUUCUUUCUUUGUAUCAUGGUAA